CACUCCUGUCAGGUGGGCACUUUAAGGACCAUUUUUAGCUGUGCAUGAGUUACAUCUUUUGGACAGCUGUUGAAAUCUAUCUUCAAAUGGGUAUUAACCUACCCAGCAGUGUCUCAGUGUAUAAUGCUUAAUUGGAGAACCGGAGUGUUUGCUGUAUCUCUAACCAUCUGUCCGUGUGUGUUGCUUCCCCGUCUGUCUCAGUUCCAAGCGCUCCAGGGCCAGUGUCAGUGCAUGUUCUACCUGGAGAGAGCCAGGGGCAGGGAACCGAGCCUGGACUCGGUCCAGAAGCUGCUCAGCCUCCUGGGCUUCCUGCGCAUAAUGAUGCAGGCUCUGCUGCCCCAGGAGAAGCUGUGCUGGCUUGUUUACAAUGGUGCCCCAGUUGUUGUUUUUUUUGUUUAUUCAUUUAUUUAUUUGUCUUGUUUAUUUUUUUAGCAUGAUAGCAGACAUAAUGUAAGUGGAAGUGGAACGAUCGGAUGUGUAAAGUAGGCAAUAAGCCCAGCUGGGUUGACCAAUUAGUCUUCAGCUAGCUAUAAAGUUCACACAAAGUGCAAAUAAAAGCAAGGAAAUAAAAAGUCUGCUUCUGUUGUUCACAUCAGCAGUAAAAUAAGCAAUGAAACUAGUCUACACUCACGGAAUAGGGAUUGAUUGUCUUAUCCUCCAAGUGCUGACCAAGCGACAGGUCUUCGUUUCAAUCAAACUGUAAAAAAGUACCUGCAGAUUAUGAUCUUAACAAAAAUCAAUUUGUUAUACGAGAUGUGUUCUUGCAAGGUUGGAAUUAAGUCAGCUUCAUUAACCCUUUGUAGACAUGACAAUGCAGCAUCACUGAGUGAGAUAUACCAUGAAAAAAGACAGAGUUAGGCAUUUUGUUUAAUACAUGCCUGUCAUUUUAAUAUGUAUUUUCUGCUUGCCUUUAGGUUCCCUAUAUAUCUAUGACAUAUGCAGAUACCUUAUGUCAGUGAGCCGAUCAUCACAGGCUCUUGAGUUCCUGCUGUGGGCCUGUGUGUGCCUGGAGACCUCCAUCCCCCUGCUGUCCCCACGCUUCCUGGCCUGGAGGAGCACGCUCUACUGCGCCGUGUGCCAGUGCUACUACGAGGCCCAGGCGGGCGUCCACGCAGAGGUGUUUGCGAGGCGAGCUCUGGGUAAGGUCAGUGACCUGGCCAAUCUGGAGAGUCCUGAUGACUCCCCAAUGAGCACAGAAGAUCAGAAAGCCUUUAAAGAGGCGACUAUUAAGCUGGCCAUCAUGGUGUUUAAAAGGAGUGUGUACGAGCCUCGGAGGAAGCCCAAGAGCUUAUUCAGACCCAAGACAAAGAACUGCCUCAGGGACGCCUCAACUAUGCCGUGGCCUCGUAACCACACGGAGCGCAUCCUGGUGGAGCUGUUCGAGGGCAAUGCGGCCCAGUUCCUGGCGGUGCUGGAGGCCCUGUGGGACAGCACACGGCGCCCCCUACAGACCGGGGGUCUAGAUGAGCCCGACCUCAUGGACGUGGCGAUGGAGCUCAUGGCUGCUGGCAUCAGCCUACUCUCAGGUGUGGGAGGGUCCAUAGAAAUGCACCGGAAUGAUGAUCUUCCUCUCUGUCUGAAUGGAAUCUCUCCUGACCGCGAUCUCCUGCAUGUGGCCGUAGCUGGGGAAAAUCCGAUUUCAGUGGAUGCUGCCGUGAAGUUUGUGAAGCUGCUGUUUCGCUACGAGCAGUGGGACAUGUUCAAGAGCCUCUCCGGCAGCCUUCUCUCUGUACUGGCAAGCCUGAAGGGCCCAGAGGUGCGGAAGGCUGAGGUGGGGCUGACUCUCCUCUCAUUGGUGGAUGAUUUACUGGCUGUGCAGAGGUCCAAGCACAUGCACAAAGAUACCGGGACAGAUGAUGGAUCAGAGAGGGAAAGGCCCCUAGGAGUAAUGGGCUUGACCCAGGGGUUUAUGGAGCUGGUCGAGGCUCUGCACUCCUCCGUCUGCGAACCCAAAGAGGGUGUGGAGCCAGACGGGGACCUGGUGAUGGACUUGAUUCUCUUUCUGUGGAACAAAUGCAAGCUGGCCUUCCAGAGGGCCCAGGUCAGACACUGGCACCCGGCACACUACCUGGGCAAGAUGGAGAGCCAGGACAAGUGGGUGAAGGCCCUGUUCCUGCUGAAUGAGGUGGCCCAGGCCUUUGAGCUGGCUGCCAUAGACCCCGUGGCGGUGGCAGAGAUGACCCUGCGUCUGGCCCUGGUGCUGGAGAGCAGUGCAGAGAACGCCCUCCAAUCAGGGAGACCCGCAGUCACCCCACAGGAAAGCAGUACGGAAUCUACGCCUGUGGAGAAAGACAGCGCCGCUUUCUCACCUGUUAAGUUUCCAGGUGAGCAGCAGCUGCAGUUGUUAUAUGAGGUCCUGAAGAGGGGUUUUGAGGCAAUCUGUGAUGGAAUCACCAGACUACUGCCCUGCGAUGGCUCAGCUGUCUGUGACAUGGCCUUUAUGCAGUGGCUGGGUGACUCUGCCAGGGGCGCCCCCAGAGGGGAGGAGCCCGAGGGGGGGGUGAAGAGUCCCACGUUCACCCUCUCCAUGGACCUCCAGGUGGAGCUGCUGGCGUUCCUGCACCGCGCCGCCAUCAAGCUCGCCCUCCACACCGGCCAGCCAGAGUCUGUGGUUGUGGAGGGGAUUAAGAAGAACCACGUCUCCAGAGCGCUGUUCCUGAUGCAGAAGGCCCUGCUGCAGUACAGGAGCAGUCAGAGUUGCACAAAGAAACUUCUGGAGGAGGCCUUGUCUCUGGUGGAGAAGGCCGAGGCGGAGGAGAAGAGGCUGUACCUCUCCUGCGCUGCGGGGAAGAGGAAGCCGGGUGCAGAGGAGGGAAGCAGGGGCCCCCCGUCCCCCAUCUUGCUGUCCCGCAACAACCACUCCCUCACCUUCAUGCCAGCACCCUACAGCCUGGAGAAACAGGUUUGCUGGUACCAGAUUGGGGGUCGAGAGGUCGAUGGCAUCAACCUGAAGGUCCGAGUGGGAGACUGCCACCUGCUGGGCACAGGGGUUAUGAUUCCUGCUAAGGGGGAGCGGCUGUUUCGCAUUGAAGGGUUAGAACACAAUCAGAAGUACAUCUUUGCGGUGGCCGCGUACGAUGCUCAGGGCAAGAUGGUGGGCCAGUCUAUCGGCGAUAGCACCAAACCCAUCCUGGCGUCCGCCCCCUUAUCGCUGCUGAUGACCUGGUCACACCUGGCACAGGCAGCCUACCAGACUGGCCAGCAGGCGGUGGCCAAGAGAGCCUGCGCUCAGCUGUGGGGCCACUUCACCAGGCCGCCCCCCCCGGAGAACACCCCCCUCAGUCCCCAGACACCCCAGCCAGAGGGGCUCGCCCAAACCAGGCAAGGAAACCCUGCUCAUUAUAUUCAGUUAUUCAUCUAGCAGAUGGGUUUCUCCAAAGCGACUCACAGUACAGACACACGUGUGUAUUCCUGCCGCAUCAGGAAGUGUGC